UUCUGUCAGCACUGUGCUACGAGGGAGAAUGGUGAACACAGCUUUGGCCAGUGCAGUGAACUACGAAGGAACCAGUUUCACCAAGAAAUAUGAAACUCAUAAAAUCAGGAAAGAAACCUGGGGCAGCUUUUACCCGUUUGUCUUCAAUGACAUCAUGGGUCUGGAGGAAGGCACUGGGAGAGGAGUCAGAGUGGACGACAUCAAACUGGCCAUGAAGGGACACGUGAUGGAGGGUUACAAGUUCAACCCUGCAUCCUCGCUGUCCUCUUCUGAUUCUGGCUACAACCCUACACCGUCUAAUGAUGACAAAGUCCAUGUUCUGGUUUGUGUCUGUUCUGGAAACGCAGCAGAAAUCUCGGACUCAGUUUUACAGAAGAUGAGGGAGAUCAGAGAAGCAGCCAGCGACCUGGGUAUUCCCCAACUGGUUGUUGUCACCAAGCUUGAUGAAGCCUGUCCUGAAACUGAGAAGGACUUGCAGAACAUCUACAAGAGCAAACUUGUAAAGAAAAAGAUGACGGAUCUGAGCUCUGAACUGGGGAUUCCGCUCAACUGCAUCCUCCCCGUGAAGAACUACAGCCAGGAAAUCAGCCAGCAUCCAGAUUGUGACAUGCUGAUCCUGAACGCGCUGAAACUGAUUCUUGACUUUGGAAAUGACUUCAUUGAGAAAUUUUAAACCUCCAGAACAUGCUCCUGACAUUCACGACAAACCUCACAGACUUGCUUUUUCAGUUAUGUCCAAAUGCUUCCCUCAGGUAAAAGGGUCCAUAUGCUGGGGAAAUGCUGUCAAACAGUAGUUCACCAAACCUCUUUAGCCAGAGUAUAUUUAGCGUAACUUUAACGCAAGAAUUAUUCUACAAGCUGAAGCAAUUCCUUUUCUUCUUAUUAUUAUCUGAACAAAUCUCUUUGGUAGUAGCUUUUAAUUUUAGCAUAAUGCAGCCAAAUGUGUGUAAACGUGUCAAAAUUAGGAUUUUAUAUUCAUUCCUUGUGUGACAACAGAAGAAUAUGUGAAUGAGAACAGCUUUAUUGGGGAUUCGGCUUUUAAAAUAGUCUAUUUGAGCAGGAGAGAAGUAAACCAUGUCUGUGCCGACAAUCUCCAGUCUUUGUGUUGCUUGUGCUGCUGUGAACACUUUACGAAUCGUUGUUUAGCUCUGUGAUCAUUUGAAACGCUGCAACGCUUGCUGCAGACACACUACACUUCCUGUGCACGUCCUCCAAAGCAUUAUGGGAACUGUAGUUUCAACACUGAGAACACUAUUAGCCCCAAACUCAUAGUAAAGCUAAAUAAUAACAAAAAAAAUGUACAAAAUGUAUUAGUGUAUUUUUUAUCAGCUGGUUUAAAACUGCCUCAUAAAUUUUAAGUUAUGUAACUUAUAAAAAGCAAACAAAUGCACAAAUAUCUCCGUACUGUUUUUUUUUUUUCAUUCUCUUGUACUGUGCCAGUUGUAUGAGAUGCAGUUUGAAUCACAAAUGCAAGUGUUAAGAAGCAGUUAAUAAGUCAAACAGCCCAUUGGAGGGGUCUUACUGAUGAGUUAUAGAGAAACAAAAAGUGUGAUGAAGGAGGAUUUUACUUUAUCUGGCAACCCAGCUGUUGUGGUUCUGAUUAUCUAUAAAUCAUGAGUAAAUUGUGUAUUAACCAUUAAUAAAGUCAUAUAUAAAGCUU